AUGUCUGUGGAGGGGACCAUUGACCACAUACUGUCCAGGGACAUUGCCAUCCGACCCUCGAAGGUCUCAACAAGUGACGACGACAACCAUCUGACACUAAAUAUUCGUUACCGUAAAGGCAACGGACUUGAGGCAUCUGGUCCCACCAUCCUGCUCUUGCCAUUUUGGGGUGGCUCAGCAUCGACAUUUGACGCUGUCUUGAACGAAAUAGCAACUUGUCGUCCAGUUGGUAUCUACGUGGCGCUAUCCUAUCGCGGGACCGGCACUUCGAGAACUUUGGAGCCAGAUCUAGCCGAAGAUCAUACGAUCUCGACCUUAGCGUCCGACGUCCUCGCUGUGCUCCAGAGCGAGGAUUUUGUCGAUCUGGUCCCCUCAGGGAAAGUUGUGCUCGGCGCACACAGCAUGUCCGCCAAAGUUUCACUCCAGCUUCUCCACAAUCUGGAAAUCGAACCAUCUACCAGCGUCACGGCAAAGGUAGCAAUAACAAGUUUACUUCUAUUAGCUCCCGCUCCACCUGGUCCACUCGAAUUUUCUCUAGAGAUGCGGGCGCAGUCCAUGAAGGCGUAUAAGUCGCUUCAAAGCGCAGAGUGGUCGAUGCGACAUGUGCUCACCCAUCGACUGUUGACAGAUGAGCUGGCUACUCAACUUGCUAGAGAUGCUAUCAGGAUGAGUCAAGGAGCGAAGAGGGGAUGGCUGGAGUUUGGGAUGGGAACGGAUUGUACCAAUGCAGCUUGGGAUUUCGCAAAGCGCAGGCCGGGUAUGCGAGUGAGUAUACUUGUUGGCCAGGAGGACAAAGUCGAAACCCCCGAGAAAGUGAGGAAGGAGACAGUUGGGGUCCUGCAGGCCAUGGGAUUCAAGGUUGAAACUAAAGUAAUCAACGACUGUGGUCAUUUGAUUCCCAUUGAAGCUGUGAGAGACGUUGUUUGCCAGUUGGUCGAGUUGGUCGAUGGAUAA